ACAAAGAAAAAAAUGAGAAAGCAAGAAUCGGAGGAAGCAAAACUUGAUUUCGAGUCCAAAUCGGAUCACAAUGGCAAUUUGAAAAUCGCACCGAACGACCAAAGUUUCCUCACAAUUCUUGACGACAUCAAAUCUUCAAAAUCUCCGGCUGUUAUUAACUACGGAGCUUCGUGGUGUGGAGUAUGUAGCCAGAUUCUUCCAGCAUUCCAAAAGCUCAGCAACAAUUUUACGCUCAAGUUUGUUUACGCAGAUAUCGACGAGUGCCCUGAAACCACUCGGCACAUCCGUUACACACCCACGUUUCAGUUCUACAGAGACGGUGAAAAAGUAGAUGAGAUGUAUGGAGCUGGUGAAGAGAGGCUCCAUGAUCGUCUUUGGCUUCACUCUUGAGCCUUGACUAUGUUUUGAAACCGAUGACUAUAACGUUGGUAUGUGGUUAAUAAUGACUUUUUUCUUUUCACAUUUAUGUAAUUGGGCCACGUUGGGAGAUCCGGUGACGGCCCAUACAUUUUAUCAACCAUCAAAGACUUUUACCGUAUCCAUUAA